UUUGGUUAUGUGGCCUCAGCUAGGUUUAAUACGAUGGCUGGCCUUGACGGCUUCACUGAUUCAGCAAAACUGAUGCCUGGUGUGGGUGAUUACUACGACGUGCUGGCUAGAAUGGGAGAUCCGAUUAAGAAGUUCAGCGAUACGGUUGAUGCGACAAUUAAGAAAAACCCCGGCGAUGUAAAGAGCAAUUACCCAAAGGUCUGGCAAAGAGCAAAAGAUACCACGGCUGUAUUGGUUGCACUACGAAGGAUGGACUCAGAUGAUUAUAGAGCUAGAAAUUUCGAAACUUGGUUGACUGGAUACGAUGGGUGGCCGUCAAAGACCACUCCAAAAAUAGUGAAGACGAACCUCCAGACAGCGCUGAAAAGGGAUAUUCCGGUGAUAGACUUCCAAAAAACUAUUGAGCAGAAUAAAGGAAAGGUUCCUGACAUUGAACAACGGUUGAGGGUUGUCAAUGAGAGAUAUCUGGCUAGUGCACAGGGCCUUCCGCACAGUAAAGCUAUUAUUGCAUCCGAGCAGUCAAUGGUAGGCUGCGAGUGCAAGAAGAGCUUUAUCCCAACCCAUUUGAAGAAGAUCAAGCGAGAGAGUUAGCGGAGUACAGAAUUGUAGAUAUUAGUAUUGUUUCGAAACUGAUAAGAAGGCUCGCUCUGAGCCAAUAGUCCAUAUUUAGCGC